UUUCCCGUUAGUCUUUCCUUCACUUCCGUUGAGCGCAGCCUCGCCGUUUGUCCCUUGCGGCUACCCGUCCGCAUACGAAUCUAGCCCGGGAACUGAGUCGUGGGAGUGCGGUCUGUGCCGUUUCGGCCGGGAGUUUGCUGACUCCAAACGUCCUGCGGACCGGCAAGAUGUGCUCUCUGGGGUUGUUCCCUCCUCCACCGCCUCGGGGUCAAGUCACCCUAUAUGAGCACAAUAACGAGCUGGUGACGGGCAGUAGCUAUGAGAGCCCGCCUCCCGACUUCCGGGGCCAGUGGAUCAAUCUUCCGAUCCUACACCUGACCAAGGAUCCCCUAAAGACCCCUGGAAGGCUGGACCAUGGCACGAGAACUGCCUUCAUCCAUCACCGGGAGCAAGUGUGGAAGAGAUGCAUCAGCAUUUGGCGUGAUGUGGGCCUUUUUGGGGUACUAAAUGAAAUUGCAAACUCAGAAGAAGAGGUGUUUGAGUGGGUGAAGACGGCAUCCGGCUGGGCCCUGGCACUCUGUCGAUGGGCCUCGUCCCUCCAUGGGUCCCUGUUCCCCCAUCUGUCUCUCAGGAGUGAAGAUCUGAUUGCUGAAUUUGCCCAAGUCACAAAUUGGUCCAGCUGCUGCUUGCGUGUCUUUGCAUGGCACCCUCACACCAACAAGUUUGCAGUGGCCCUACUAGAUGACUCAGUCCGUGUGUAUAACGCCAGCAGCACCAUAGUCCCCUCCCUGAAGCACCGGCUGCAGCGAAAUGUGGCAGCUCUGGCCUGGAAGCCCCUCAGUGCCUCUGUCUUGGCUGUGGCCUGCCAGAGCUGCAUUCUCAUCUGGACCCUGGACCCUACCUCCUUGUCUACCCGACCCUCUUCUGGCUGUGCCCAAGUGCUGUCUCACCCUGGGCACACACCUGUCACCAGCUUGGCCUGGGCCCCCAGUGGAGGGCGGCUGCUCUCAGCUUCACCCGUGGAUGCUGCUAUCCGGGUAUGGGAUGUCUCAACAGAGACCUGUGUUCCCCUUCCCUGGUUUCGAGGAGGUGGGGUGACUAACCUGCUCUGGUCCCCAGAUGGCAGCAAAGUCCUGGCUACCACUCCUUCAGCUGUCUUUCGAGUCUGGGAGGCCCAGAUGUGGACUUGUGAGAGGUGGCCUACUCUAUCAGGGCGCUGUCAGACUGGCUGCUGGAGCCCAGAUGGCAACCGAUUGCUGUUCACUGUGUUGGGAGAGCCACUGAUUUACUCCCUGUCUUUUCCAGAACGUUGUGGUGAGGGAAAGGGGCGUGUUGGAGGUGCGAAGUCAGCAACAAUUGUGGCAGAUCUGUCCGAGACAACAAUCCAGACACCAGAUGGUGAGGAGAGGCUUGGGGGAGAUGCUCACUCCAUGGUCUGGGACCCCAGUGGGGAGCGUCUGGCUGUGCUCAUGAAAGGAAACCCAAGGGUACAGGAUGGUAAACCAGUCAUCCUCCUCUUCUGUACUCGAAACAGCCCUGUGUUUGAGCUCCUUCCCUGUGGCAUUAUCCAGGGGGAGCCAGGAGCCCAGCCUCAGCUCAUCGCUUUCCAUCCUUCCUUCAACAAAGGGGCCCUGCUCAGUGUGGGCUGGUCCACAGGCCGAAUUGCCCACAUCCCACUGUACUUCGUCAAUGCCCAGUUUCCACGUUUCAGCCCAGUGCUUGGCUGGGCCCAAGAACCCCCCGCUGGGGGUGGAGGCUCUAUUCGUGACCUGCCCCUCUUUACUGAGACAGCCCCAACCUCUGCUCCUUGGGAUCCUCUCCCAGGGCCACCACCUGUUCUGCCCCACUCCCCACAUUCCCACCUCUAAUAAAAGUUUUCCUUUUGUUUUUCAC